GUCCAGAACUUAGCUCCACCUCUUGUGAAGUAGAUAGCGAGUGACAGCUGGAGUUUGUAGGCUGGGAUCAGCGCACACACUAGUAAGAAAGCUUCAUCUCCAAAUAGGAUGACUCGGAGCUUUUGUGGGGAGCACUGUUUCAGCCUGCUGUGAAUGUACAGGGUUCGGGACACUACAUGGUCAGUGGUUGGAGGCCAGAUUAUACUCAUUCAGUUACCUCAAAGGAUUUAAACAUCGGUCUCUGUGAAAGUGGAUUUCUACUGGAUUUUGCCGUUUGAAGAACAAAAGUUGGUUUUAAGCUCACGGGGCUUUAUGAUAAAAAGGCGUGUGUUCUUCGUAUAUUUUUCACAACAUUUUUUUUUUUUUUUUUAAAAACACCCAUGUAGUUAAACCGAGAAAACAGUUAAACACUUAUUGGAACUGCUCAAAGACAACCUCUUAAAUGGAUUACUAACGGGACGAUACUGCAGCUAGUUCUACCCCUGCCUGCUGCCUUUUCAGGAGCAGAAGGCUAAAGUAAAGAAGUAACCAAGUAAAGAACUAGCUGUGCUACUAUGAGGUCUGAGGCCUUGCUGCUAUAUUUUACACUACUACAGAUUGCUGGGGCUGGUUUCCCAGAAGACUCUGAGCCAAUCAGUAUUGCACAUGGCAACUAUACGAAACAAUAUCCAGCUUUCGUUGGUCACAAGCCGGGAAGAAACAACACGCAAAGGCAUAAGCUGGACAUCCAGCUGAUCAUGAUAAUGAACAGAACACUCUACAUUGCUGCUAGGGAUCAUAUUUAUACCGUUGAUAUGGAUACAUCACAUUCAGAAGAAAUAUUUUUUAACAAAAAAUUGACAUGGAAGUCUAGACAAGCUGACGUUGACACUUGCAGAAUGAAGGGAAAACACAAGGAUGAAUGUCAUAAUUUUAUCAAGGUGUUGCUGCAAAAAAACAACGACACCUUGUUUGUGUGCGGGACAAAUGCCUUUAACCCAUCUUGCAAAACCUACAAGAUGGAUUCCUUGGAUAUCCAUGGAGAGGAGAUCAGCGGAAUGGCCAGGUGCCCCUAUGAUGCAAAACAUGCAAAUGUGGCCCUGUUUGCUGAUGGUAAGCUUUACUCCGCCACGGUAACAGAUUUCCUAGCAAUCGAUGCUGUCAUUUAUCGGAGUCUUGGAGACAGUCCAACUUUGCGGACAGUCAAACACGACUCAAAAUGGUUGAAAGAGCCGUACUUUGUGCAGGCAGUGAAUUAUGGCGACUACAUCUACUUCUUCUUUCGGGAAAUCGCUGUGGAGUACAACAGCAUGGGGAAGGUGGUGUUCCCCAGGGUUGCCCGGGUGUGUAAGAGUGAUCGGGGAGGAUCUCAGAGGGUGCUGGAGAAACAGUGGACCUCGUUCCUCAAAGCCCGCCUCAACUGCUCUGUCCCCGGGGAUUCACACUUCUACUUCAAUAUCCUCCAGGCAGUGACCGACGUCAUCCGGAUAAACGGGCGCGAUGUUGUCAUGGCUACAUUCUCAACACCUUAUAACAGCAUCCCUGGGUCUGCUGUCUGUGCCUAUGACAUGGAAGAUGUUGCUAACGCCUUUACUGGAAGAUUCAAAGAGCAGAAGUCCCCGGACUCCACUUGGACGCCAGUCCCUGAAGAGAAAGUACCCAAACCAAGGCCUGGUUGUUGUGCCGGAUCAGCAUCGCUAGAAAAGUACAAAACGUCCAAUGAAUUCCCAGAUGACACCUUGAACUUCAUUAAAAUGCACCCCUUAAUGGAUGAGUCGGUAUCUUCCAUUGCAAACAGACCAUGGUUCCUAAAGACAAUGGUCAGAUAUCGGCUAACCCGGAUUGCUGUAGAUAAUGCUGCUGGACCUUAUCAGAAUCACACUGUUGUUUUCCUUGGAUCCGAGAAAGGCAUUAUUUUAAAAUUCCUGGCCAAAAUGAGCAGCGGUUUCCUAAAUGACAGCCUAUUCCUGGAGGAGCUGAAUGUCUACAACCCAGAGAAAUGCAGCAUUGAUGGUGUGGAGGAUAAGAGGAUUGUUGGUAUGCAGCUAGACAAGCAGGGCAAUUCUCUUUUUGUGGCUUUCUCCUCCUGUGUCGUGAAAGUACCACUCUCAAGAUGUGAGUGGCAUGGCAAAUGCAAAAAGUCUUGUAUUGCGUCACGUGACCCUUACUGUGUAUGGGUGAAAGAAGGAGCAUGCACAGAAGUCUUACCUGACACCAAAUUGGCAUUUGAGCAGGACAUUGAGCUGGGCAACACAGAUGGGCUGGGCGACUGCCAAAAUUCUUUUGUGGCGCUUAAUGACAUUCCAUCCAGUCCACAUGAUAAUGAAAAGUCUCGAGACACAGUGAGGCAUGGCCAAUCAAGCUCCCCUUUUCUCACCACCUCCCGUUCUCCAAUCAGAGAAGGACACAGCGACCGUGGGCGCAUGCUUGAUCAGAAAGAUCCAAUGGUCUCCUCUGAUAAGAAAGACCCAUACAUGGCAGUCCCAUCCCAUAAUCACCAGGAUACAAAUGGAGUGAUCCGGGAGAGCUACCAGAAGGGCCAUGACCAGCUUGUUCCUGUCACCCUGUUGGCGAUAGCAGUCAUCCUUGCUUUUGUGAUGGGAGCCAUCUUCUCUGGGAUAAUUGUCUAUUGUGUGUGCGAUCACCGGAGAAGGGAUGUGGAUAUGGUGCGUCGGAAGGACAAAGACUCUGUCCAUUUACGGAGGGGUUCCAUGAACAGUGUGACCAAGCUAACUGGGAUUUUCGAGACCCAAUCUAAGGACCCUAAACCAGAAGCCAUCCUAACCCCGCUGAUGCAUAAUGGCAAGAUGGGUACUCCCAAUGGCAAUGCCAAAUUGUUGAUUAAAGCCGACCAGCAUCACCUGGAUCUGACCGCUCUGCCCACUCCUGAGUCCACACCUACCUUACAACAGAAGAGAAAACCCAGCCGAGGCAGCCGAGAGUGGGAGAGGAACCAGAACCUGAUAAAUGCAUGUGCAAAAGACCUGGCCUCCAUGGCUUCCCCAGUGAUCCCAACUGAUCUCCCUCUGCGUGCAUCUCCCGGCCACAUUCCCAGUGUGGUGGUCCUCCCUAUCACCCAGCAAACCUAUCAGCACGAUUACGUGGACCAGCCACACAGGGUCGAGAUGACACAGAUGUCCUUGGAAGACCAGAAUGCCACGCUGGAAUACAAAGCUAUCAAGGAGCACCUGAGCAGCAAAAGCCUCAAUUUAGUGGAAAAUAAUACCAUCCCUCCAAGAGUUCCCCAAAGAGAGGCAUCGCUAGGACCUCCCACUUCUGUACCUCAGAUGGGCAAGCGGUUAGAAGUGCAUUCUUCGGUGUAUGGUCACGAAUACAAGAGGGGCUACCCUGCUAACUCUCAACAGAAAAACCAUCAAACUUCCACUCUGAAAAGACACAAUACUAACUCUUCAAAUUCUUCACAUCUUUCAAGAAACCAUAGUUUUAACAGGGUAGAAAACCCACCCCCUGCUCCACAGAGAGUGGACUCCAUACAUAUGAAUGCUGUGUCGUCUCAGAUGCAGGCCGUGACUGUAUCCAGACAGCCCAGCAUGAGCUCAUACAGUUCUCUGCCGAGGUCGGGGGUGAAACGCACACCUUCCUUAAAGCCUGAUGUACCACCAAAACCCUCAUUAUCUCCCCUUUCAGCAAACAUCAACCCUAACGAUGCAUGUACAUAAUCACAGUGUGGGAGAGAGGGAAUACAAUUCCAGUGACUUUACUGUCUCAGUCAGUGUCCAGCAAAUGCACACAUGUUUUGUUUUUUUACAAAAGGCUGUUGUUGGGCUCAGGAUAUUUGCUCUCACUCCCUGGGAAAAGUGGAAUAUUUGCUUAUCAAGCUUGUGAACUCAAAUGGUGCAACAACAACACCAAGUACAGAAUCAAUACAAAAAAGCAGCACAGUCAGCCACUUAAGGUUUAGAGGCGGCUAUAAAGAACUGUAAUCCCACUGGAAAUUUCAGCCAACAGGCCAAAAGCACAAUGUUACAUUGAAUGUGUAAAUCACUCUUGUACUGUACAGCUCCCUUUCAACCCAGGGAGUUGUGAGGAGUAAAAGUUAAUUGACAAAGCUGACUCAGACUUUCACAAUGGCUAGAGUUUACUAUGUGCAGAUAUCUGUGAAAUGCCUGUCUGUGUUACGUCAAUUGGUCAUUGCAAAUAAGUACUGCUUGGGUCAAAGUGCUUUGGCUUGUCAUUCUACUACUGUUCUGAUUUACUGAAUAACAAGACAGUUAACACUAAUCGUUCCUUGUAUUUAUUAUUUAAGUGCUUUUAAAAAAAAAACUGAUUUACUUAUGAGGCUAUGAAUAUCUCUUGAGACAGUACAUGAAGUGUGAAGUUAUUUAAAGUCAAUUAACUGGAGCCAGUUAAUGUUUAUUUUUUAGCAGUUGGGUCCACUAACAAUGUGGAGCUUGGGUCCUUGAACUUUGUUGGAACUUUCUACAUGCAUUUUCUGAAAAGGGGAAAUAUUUAUUUAAUCGUGCCACGUGGCUGCUGACUGGAUCUGGGAUCUAAGGCAAGCAGAAACUCCAAGGUCGAAUCUUAAGGAACUACAAAAGGAACUCCUGAACUGCACAUUUAUCACACCAUUGCUGUCAAUAUCAAGUAACAUGGUUUUUGUCAGUAGUUGAUACUUUUUUCAAAGGCAUUGGCUUGUGACGUGCCCUCAUUUCACCUUUGCAUGUAAAAAUGCAAAAAAUUAAAUGGAAAAAAAUAAUAAAAUAAAAAAUCACGCAGAAGUAAAUAAAGGAUGUGAACUAAAUUAUAUGCCAGCUAUUGAAAUACAUAAGUUUUAGUCUUAUCACACAGGUUCUUAGUUGGAAUACAUCUGUGAAUAGCCUGUUUUUAUCUUCCACACGUACAUUUGUGCCUUACACCCUGAGUUGUGUAUAGUUCUUUAGCUGUUUUAAUAGACUUCCUUUUUUCAAUUAUUUUUUACUUUAAAUUAUUUUUCCAGUCUGAUUUAAAGCAAAUAAAAAAGAAUGUAGAUGUUAUUGUCGUAAAUCUGGUCUCUAGACAUAUUGGAGGGUGGCACCACGCCCCUCAUCGUGGUUCAUUUUUAAUUGUGCCAAUUAUGCGCUUGAACAAAUCCCUAUUUUGUGCUGGCAGUGUAGACACAGUGCUGUGGGUGGCAUUUUCUGUAAUUUAGUUUUUUUAUCACAAAGACCUAAUGUUUGUGUUUCCACUGGUCGAUACAGAAUGACAGAGUGCUUUCUUACUAUAGUCCCUUUGUGUCUGGUGGAAGCACUGCAAUAUGAAACACUAUCUGAUUGGCUAUGAUGUAGACGAAAGGCUUCCCAACAUGAAUAAUGUAAAUUCUGAUUUAAAACAAUGAAUAGGCAGUAGAAGCAGGCUGGAUCCUGCAUUAACGGAAAGCUGCAACAAUAAGGGCAACCAGAAGGAUUUCAGAAACCUUUUGGAGUGGUUUCUGAAUUAUUUUUGUUUCCCUUUUAUUUUUCUUUGUUUUUUUUUGUUUUUUUUUUUUUAAUCCAUGCAGAUUAGUGUGUUUUUAAUCUCUUAAAUAUUGAUGUCAACAUACUGUAGAAAUUAGUUUUUUUUAUCUACUGAUCUGUAUCUCUUUUUUUUUUUUUUAUUAUUAUUUUUGUACCUAAAAUUGCUUCAUUUGCAUUUUUCCCCCAAAUGGACAGGAAGAUUGCGUGUCAGGUAGUGUUUAGAAACUAGAUAGAGAAAUCUAGGCUGACUGGACCAAAGUGUGUAACUAGGGUGCAUGCAUGACCUCCCUCCACUCCUCCACUCCUCCACUCCUCCAUGUUGCGUUUCUGUCACCGUUUAUUAAUAUCUACCAUUUUAAUAAUAAUGAAGAAAACCUAUGUGAAGAGAAUUAAUAGGAGGGUAUUUUCCUAGUUUGUUUUAAAAUGGGCAAUUCCUGUACUUUUACUUAAUUGCACUUAACUCUAAAUGUUAAAUAGCGGUUUUGACCAGUAUUGGAUGAUUUUGUCCUGGAGAUUUGGUACAGAAAUUCUCAUUUUGGCACUCAGGGAAAACUCAGUCAUGCGUUCUGUUCUCAAUGGAUAAGCACAGAUACAAAAACAAUCUUGAUAGCAUAUAUACAGGCUGUGUGUCCCUAAGUGUGCCUUUGGCUCUCACCCUUGAUAUACACCACUGAUUGCAACCAAGUCAGACUGAUUUUUUUUUUUUUUUUAUUGUAACCUUGUAAAAUAUUGUGAUGUCACAAAGUUCUCCCCAUCUCCACAUCCCUAACAUCAGAUUCACAGCUAAAUGUAUGUUGUAAAGAAAUUCUCUUUAAUAAUUGCAAAAUGUAAUAAAAUAAAAAACGACUGUUCUA